UGGAAGUGCCAAAUGCAAAUGAGAGAAUGAUUGUGAUCCUGUUUUAUUUUGCAAUAAUCCACACAUACAAAAGGAAGUGUCACAAGGAAAGUCUGAUUGGUUAAGGGCAGCUCCGCUGUGUCUAGAUAUCUCUCAGUCCCUGUCAUGUCUAUUGUAUAGUCGGUGUGCACAUUUCAUUGUCUCUCCUCUGUGUUACCUAAGGCUACAUGUGCAGCAAGUAGUGAGGAAUGUGUGUACCACCCAUAUCACACAACAUCCACCUAUAAUCAGAUCAUGAUUUUACAAAGAAGCAACAUCAUGAACUCUAAUGCCAGCAUUAACCCCCUCACCCACCAGCCUACGUGGAGCACUGCAUACACUGCAUGCGAUGGUUUCUUCUCCAGUCAGUGGCACGAGAUGCACCCUCAGUAUUGGAACAAAUUCCACGUAUGGGAAUGGCUGCAACAACUGGUAGAUACCAACCAAUUGGAUGCCAACUGUAUACCGUUCCAGGAGUUUGACAUCACGGGAGAACGCCUGUGCAGUAUGACACUGCAGGACUUUACCCAGGCAGCUGGGCCAGCUGGGCACAUCUUGUAUUCAAAUGUGCAGAGCCUCAAGUGGCAUGGUCAGUGCGGGAGCCAGAUGUUUCCAUCGUUAAAUGUCGUUAUUAAAACUGAGCAAGCAGAUCCCACCUCAAUCACUCCAUGGAAGGAUGAGCAGUAUUUGCAGGAGCACAGCUAUGAAGACAUAUACACCAGUAAAUCCUUCUGUAGAAGUGACCUGUCCAUGGUGUCCCCCGGUCACUACACGAUGGCCUAUACAGAAUCCGACAUGAAGAAAUCUCACGACCAUCCCCAGAAACCCAGUGCAAAGAAACACAAUCCCAGGGGGACACACUUGUGGGAGUUUAUCCGGGACAUCCUGUUGACACCAGAGAAGAACCCAGGACUGAUAAAAUGGGAGAAUCAAUCUGAGGGGGUUUUCCGGUUCCUAAAAUCAGAGGCAGUUGCCCAGCUCUGGGGGAAGAAGAAAAAUAACAACAGCAUGACAUAUGAGAAACUAAGCCGGGCAAUGAGAUACUACUACAAAAGGGAUAUAUUGGAGCGUGUGGAUGGUCGCAGAUUAGUGUACAAGUUUGGAAAGAACGCUCGCGGAUGGAAAGAAAAUGACAGCUGAGACACUCUGUUGAAAACAACAACAAAAAGACUAUUUAUAUUUAUGUAGAAUGUAAGAUAACCAAAAAUUAUCCCAGGACAGGACCAAGACUCAACACUGAUGAACCACUUCUGCUUUUAGUUAAUGUAUCCUCUGUGGGAGAGGUGGGAACAGAACUCUCUGUGAAACCCAAUUUACCUGGGCUGUGCCAGCAAUCUGUAGGUCUGAGGAUGAGGUGCUGCCUCUUUACAUUGUCACAAAUUUGUCACUAACUGUUUUGUACAUGCUGCCAAAUUAACUUUUAUACUGGGGAGUAGUAAAAUAUCGGUAAUUGUAAUUUAUAGAUUGUGGGAUCAUUUUUUAUGUUUGCUAACCAACAGUUUUUUUUCCAUGUUUGGCUGCUGUGUGUUAUCUCUGAAGCUUGCCAUAAGUGUGAAUAUUAUUUCACUACAAUAGCGAGUUUCGUUUAGCUACUUUGCCAGUAUUGAUGGGCUACACUGUAGACUUGUGUGGACCUAAACACACAGGAUUUCACGUCCUGAUUAAUUUCUUAUGAACUUAGCCCCACUGUAAAUAGGGGCCAGACUAAGAGGAAAGGACUUAGAAUAGUUUACAAUGAUUCCACCAUCUGUGUUUUGAGUAGGAAACUAAUUAGAGUACAUAACAGAGUAGAGGCCAAGACUACUGGAGCAAGAGCACAGUUGCCCCCUGGGUUGGUCCACUGUCCCUAUAUAAUUAUGUACUGGUGAAUUAUAUGAAUUAUGUACUGGUAGUAUGAGGAUGCCCCGGUAGGCUAUCAGUUCUCCCCUAUAGAUAGGCAGAGAUAGGUGACACUCAGGUACUGGUUAAACUUACAGUUACUCUUCAUAUUAAUAUUUAUAUAGCUACUGACAGGGCUGGUUGAAUCAUUGCACUUCCUGGGUCCAAGAAUGAAACCAACUCCCCAACUCUCCAUCCACUACAACCUAAACUCAUCCAUAGUCAGCUGUUUCAAAGCUUAUUAAGCAGACUUAUAUUUCACAUGAGAGUGUGCUGAUACCCAGCUGAUCAACCCCAUCCCUAUGUGCCACCCUUGUCAAAUGUCGCCCGGGUCUCUUGAUGCCACCUGAUCCAGUUAUAGAGCCCUCUCUUGCUACUAGGUAAUGUCUCCACUACAGUAUUUCCAUUAUCAGGAGGAAUGAUUCACGCAGGGAGACAGAACACCGCACAGAAAUGUUAACUUAAGCAGAAGGGUUUUAAUCAAACCCUUAACAGAAGCUGGAAGUAAUCCUUUUGGGUUGUCCUUAAUGAUUUACUUAUAGGGGAGAAGUCAGCAGAACCAGGCAGUCUAUAAGCAGGAUUUGUUGUUCUGUGGGUGUGCCUGGGAGAUCUGUGGGCGUGUCUGGGAGAUAUAUGAGUGUGUCUGGUAGAUCUGUGGGUGGGGCUGAGGGAAUUCUAUACAGGGAAGAGGUGGGAAAACCGAGUGACAAUCACAGCUGUGAGGGCAUGGGGGGGGGGGGCAUCUAUUAUGCUGGGGGAGCCAGUGGUCUCCUUGUACAAAUCCUACUGACCACUGACACAAAUUUGCCUGAGCUGUCUGACUCCUGCAUUCCCUGUUAUUUUUAUACAUGCACAAUAUUUAUAAACAAAAAAUGCUGCAUUGUGAAUGAUUUGUGUGUACCAUUAAUGUUUUAUAAUCAUUUCACCUGCCAUUUUCAUAGCAACAAUUGCCCUGUUUUGCUAACCAGGCAUACACAACUUGAAAAGCCUUUGGUGUAUGUAUAUCUAAUCUCUUCCCCUAAAGACAGAUAGGGACAGACAGCUAUGAAUGAGCUCCUGUACUGAUUAAGCAAAAACUGGAUACCAGGUUGCAGGGUCAGUGUUUUGAAUUCCACAAGAUACACUCCAGUCUUUCUGGUGGCAGUGGGAAAAAAAUGUCAUUUUCUGAACUAAGCUGCAGGGAAGUGGGCAUCAUAAACACAAUGUGCACUGUUAGCCACUCUUACACUUUGCUAAACAUGUGUUUAGGAAAUGUUCUUAUUUGAAAGAAACCAUUAAAAUCCCCAGCAGAUUCCAGGCAUGUGGGGACCUCAUCUUACAUAUUUUUGUAAAGCCCCUGUAUCUCUCUCUCCUUGCUCAGCGCUGGUUACACUCAGGCACCUCUGGGUUUGCUACAGGAAGGAAUAUUUGCAUAGCAUCCCACCCCCUAAUAUUUCCACUGUGCAGGUUCAUCCCCUAAGCAGACAGUUUAGAGAAUUAGUAGCAGUACCUACAGUAUGAAGUAACAUUUCAGCUCAGAAUAUCACUCUCAUUGUGAGGCUGUGGCUCACUGACCAUUGGGAACAACACAGAAAUUACUAUUGUGUUAAUAAUUAUUAUUAUUUCCCAAUGUAUGACCCAAAUUACACUGUAAAUAAACAUGACAAAAUACAUAAAUACCUUAUAAGCUUGGUACUAGGGGACAAUGGACCCCUUGUUAUGUAAUGUCUGGGUAGAUAGCUGUUAACUCCUUAACUGCCUCAGGGAUACUAACUGACAUACAAGAGGUUUAUAUAUUUUGCCAUUUACACAUGAAAUGAUUUAUUUGUGAUAAAUCUCAAAUGUAAAAAAUGUGUUACUAAAAGAUAUUUGUAUUAUCGAGUUGCUGUAUAAAUAAAAUACAUUUGUACUGGAUGGUAAGAAA